GCGGCGGAGUCACCCGGCCAGCCUCGGGACCGGUCACCGGCCGGCAACCGUCCAGCGGCCUCGACCACCGCCUCCGUGCUCCGUCCUCACUCCUCUUUCCUGGGCCGAGAGGCAGCGUGGCCGACAGUGGCUAAAUUCUCUCAUUCCUGUCGGCGGCUCGCCUCAGGCGGGCCGUCUGCUCCUCGGGGGCCGCCUCGGUGGGGCUAGGUUUCCGUGACGAACCUCCUGGGGCUGCCCGCGCCCGCUCGGGCCGUCGUGUCGGCUCGAUUUUGUUGAACUUGCUCACCCUCCGCCGGUCCGGGGCCCUCGAAGUUAUGCGUCUCGUCCAGGAGGUGGCGGCGGGUGCCGGCUCCUAAAGGCGUCAUACCCGGACUCCGCUGACUGGGCAACCUCCAUUCAUCUUCCAGCUGCGCCGCCAGCGCCCUCUCCCUCUCCCGUCCCCUCCUCGGACUCAUUUUUUCCUUCCCUCCCCUCUGCCGCCCUUUCCUCACUCCUUGGGUGCGGCGAUUCUCCUGCGACCGGAGGUGUCGGUUAUGAGCCGGACGCCCCUGCCCUGAAUUUCUCCGCGGAGGAGCUCGGCGGCUCCCCGCCACCCGCCGCGUCCCCGGGAUGGGGGUGAAUGCUGUGCACUGGUUCCGAAAGGGGCUUCGGCUUCACGACAAUCCUGCCCUGAAGGAGUGUAUUCAGGGCGCCGACACCAUCCGCUGCGUCUACAUCCUCGACCCCUGGUUCGCCGGCUCCUCCAAUGUUGGCAUCAACAGGUGGCGAUUUUUGCUUCAGUGUCUUGAAGACCUUGAUGCCAAUCUGCGAAAAUUAAACUCUCGUCUGUUUGUGAUUCGUGGACAACCAGCAGAUGUGUUUCCCAGGCUUUUCAAGGAAUGGAACAUUACUAAACUUUCAAUUGAAUAUGAUUCUGAGCCCUUUGGAAAGGAACGAGAUGCAGCUAUUAAGAAAUUGGCUACUGAAGCUGGGGUAGAAGUAAUUGUACGAAUUUCACAUACAUUAUAUGACCUAGACAAGAUCAUAGAACUAAAUGGUGGACAACCACCUCUUACUUAUAAAAGAUUCCAGACUCUCAUCAGCAAAAUGGAACCACUAGAGAUACCAGUAGAGACAAUUACUUCAGAAGUGAUAGAAAAGUGCACAACUCCUCUGUCUGAUGACCAUGAUGAGAAAUAUGGAGUCCCUUCGCUGGAAGAACUAGGUUUUGAUACAGAUGGUUUAUCUUCUGCAGUGUGGCCAGGCGGAGAAACUGAAGCACUUACACGUUUGGAAAGGCAUUUGGAAAGAAAAGCUUGGGUGGCAAACUUUGAAAGACCUCGAAUGAAUGCGAAUUCCCUCCUUGCUAGCCCUACUGGACUCAGUCCUUAUCUCCGAUUUGGUUGUUUGUCAUGUCGACUGUUUUACUUCAAACUGACAGAUCUCUACAAAAAGGUAAAAAAGAACAGUUCCCCUCCCCUUUCCCUUUAUGGGCAACUGUUAUGGCGUGAAUUUUUCUAUACAGCAGCAACAAAUAAUCCACGCUUUGACAAAAUGGAAGGAAAUCCCAUCUGUGUUCAGAUUCCUUGGGAUAAGAAUCCUGAGGCUUUAGCGAAAUGGGCAGAAGGACGGACAGGCUUUCCAUGGAUUGAUGCCAUCAUGACACAGCUUCGUCAGGAGGGUUGGAUCCAUCAUUUAGCCAGACAUGCAGUUGCUUGCUUCCUGACACGAGGUGACCUGUGGAUUAGUUGGGAAGAAGGAAUGAAGGUAUUUGAAGAAUUAUUACUUGAUGCAGAUUGGAGCAUAAAUGCUGGAAGUUGGAUGUGGCUGUCUUGUAGUUCCUUUUUCCAACAAUUUUUUCACUGCUAUUGCCCUGUUGGUUUUGGUAGGAGAACAGAUCCCAAUGGAGACUAUAUCAGACGUUAUUUGCCUGUCCUACGAGGCUUCCCUGCAAAAUAUAUCUAUGAUCCCUGGAAUGCGCCAGAAGGUAUUCAAAAGGUAGCCAAAUGUUUGAUAGGAGUUAAUUACCCCAAACCAAUGGUGAACCAUGCUGAGGCAAGCCGUUUGAAUAUUGAGAGGAUGAAACAGAUCUAUCAGCAGCUUUCACGAUAUAGAGGACUAGGUCUUCUUGCAUCAGUGCCAUCUAAUCCUAAUGGGAAUGGAGGCCUCAUGGGGUAUUCUCCUGGAGAAAAUAUCCCAGGUUAUAGCAGCAGUGGAAGUUGCACUCCAGGGAGUGGUAUUUUACAUUAUGCUUAUGGAGAUAGUCAGCAAACUCACCUAUUAAAGCAAGAAGCUCCACGUGCACUGGUCUCAGCAGUGGGAAACGUCCUAGUCAGGAAGAGGACACACAGAGUAUUGGUCCUAAAGUCCAGAGACAGAGCACUAACUAGAAAACAUUCAGAAGGAAUACCGUUGCAGCAGAAAUUGGUGGGCAGUUCAGUACUUUUUCAGUUAAAUUAUUUUAAAAUGUUCUUCAUUAAUGGAAAACAGUUACAUAUUGAAAUGCAUUAUUUCUAAUAACAUUUCUGUAGUUUUUAACUUUUUAAUGAAUUUGACAUAGGACAAAUGGUAAUUUGUAUAUAAAGAACUUGGUAAAAGAAUUUGCUUAAUGUAAAUAUGAAUAGUCACAAUUAGUAUAGACCCAUCAAUAUAUUUUUGAUAAUCUUUCAUGUAUGGUAAAAAUUAAAGUGGCAAACUGAUAUUCUGAUAUAAAAAUCAAAGUUUUGAGAGUCAAUGUGAGAAUAUAGGAUUUUAGACUUUCUUAAAAGACUUUGUUAAAAUUUUAAGACAGAAUUUUUCUUGACAUCAUUAUUUGGUCUAACUUUGAACUCUUUGACAAUAAUGUUUCAGAAAACAUGUGUAAUCAAAAUUGGUAGUUGUAGCCUCCAUUAACAUAGACAAUAUAUAUUUUAAAGCUUUAUGUAUGCCUGUUUUGACCCAAAGUUGUGGAUAUCAUAGUAUCAUGUGUUAAGUUCUUCUUGUCUCCCUUUCUUUGUUCAGUUACAGCUAAAGUGACUUUGUUAUUAAAGUAUAUGCGUAUAUGGAAUCCUGUGUACUUGGUGGUUGCUUUUUUUUUUUUUCUUUCCUUUUUUAAAAAUUUUUUGUUUGUUUUAGGUAAGGGGGAGAGCAUUGGUAUGUGAGAUGUGAUCACAAAUUAGAGACAGAUUCUGUAAACUACAUGUCACCAUUCUGAAUGAAGAAACAGCUAAUAUAUAUUUAGUAAAAUACUUUUCAAAAUUAUUCCAAGUAAGAAUACUAUCUUCCAAAUACUUCGUACUUUUAAAAAUAAAGUUAUCUAUAAGAAAGAUUUAAAAUCAAAGAGAUUUUUUUCAAGUAAUUGGGCUUAUAACUCUGAGUUAGUCAGUAUGGGGUAGCAGUUAAGAGUGUGGGCCCUGGAGUCAAAUGCCUGGCUCUGUCACUCAUUAGCUUUGAGAUCUUGGGCAAUUAUUAACCUUUUGUGCCUUCUUUUUUCUCUUCUAUAAAAAGUGAGGAUGAGAGUAGUAUCUGCUUCAUACUACAUAUGAAAUGGUCAUAACAGUGCCUGGCAUGUGGUAGGAUGCUCAGUAAAUAUUAGCUACAGGAUUGCUGUUCUGUGUAGCUAGCUCCCUGGAAUGUGCAGUGCAUAGUCUGCAUAACUGCCCGCUGCAGCUCUGGCUAGCUGCCAUUAUUGUUAUCAUUAUUAUUAUCCCUUUA